AUGACUACUACUAAGUCCAUACAAAGCAGUGCAAGGAAUCCUUCCUCCUGGGAUCCUCAGGAUGACGUGCUCUUGCGCCAUUUGAAAGAAGUUAAGAAGUUAGGCUGGAAAGAAAUUGCACAGUACUUCCAAAAUCGUACUCCUAACGCUUGUCAAUUUAGAUGGAGACGUUUGAAGUCUGGUAACUUAAAGACUGGACAUGUUGCUGCUGUUGGGCCUGUUACUGGAGCUGUGCCGCGGGGAUCUGGGUCUCGUUCGAAUAGCGGCAGUUCUGCGGCGAUAGGAGGUAUUGGAGAGAGCAGUGGCGGUAACACCAGUAGCAGUGACUCUGGAAGAAGUAUUUCUGUGAAUGAAGCUACUGGCUCAAGAAGAUCAGGCUCCGCGGCCGCCGUUACCGAUGAACCUGGGGGCGAUCACAAGGAGAGCGGAAGUUUGGCUGGAGCGCCGCAAACUAUGUUAUUUGGUAGUGUUGCGGCUGGGGCUACAGGUAAGUUUGCGAAGCCUAGGUCAUAUUCGUUUAACUCUACGAGUACCUCGGUGGGCCAUAGAAACGGUGCCAACGGUGCUGAUGAAAACGGCGGGUUGCGUGCUCAAGAUGAGGAGAAUAUCGGUCUUAUUCCUAAGAUUCUAAUCAGGUCUAGACGUGGCUCUGUAGUUCAGCAGAGUCAACAACAGCAGCAGCCGCUGUAUGUUGGAUCUUCUCCAUCCGCUGUGGCCACAGCAUCUGCUAAUCUAGCCACAUCGUUGGGUACUACGUUAGUUAACUCAAAGGCAAGGAAAGACUCUUUUUCAUCGAGAUCAAGGAGGUCGUCUAUUCAGACCGAGCAUAGACGUUUGUCUGUUUCCCAGGUGGUAAACAUUACUCCAUCUCGUCGUCCUUCUGUUAUAACAGCUCCAAUUUCUAUUGGCAAUAUGUUCAACUCUGAAAGGCGGGAUUCUUUCACCCUAGGCAAAGAAACUUCAACCUCCAGCUCAAGAAGAGGUUCAGUGAUACUUCCAGCCAGGUCGCUUUCUCCAAGCUUUGCUGAUUUGCCUAGGCACAUGCGCUCGCACCACCAGCAGAAGCUGCAACAUCCUCAGUCAGUCUUGGCACCAAAUUCGUCUACUUUGCAGAAGCCUUGGUUGCCUGAAGAGGAUGAGUUGCUUCAAGCACGCUACGAGCGCAAGUUAUCGCUUGACGAGCUUUCUAUUUUGUUGCCUCAUCGUUCGGAUAAGGAAAUCCAGUGGAGAAUUGAUUCCAUUUCUCCUCUGGUAUCGUCAACAGUUAAUCGCUCUACUCCAGCCUCUCCAUUCAGAGGAGAACGCGAACGCUCCUUUAAUGAUGACACUGCCAUUGAAGAAGAUGAAGACGACCGUAAUGACGAGUUCAAGGACUAUACGCCUGUUGACCAUGAAAACAAUGCCUCUUCUAAAUCAUGUCACUCUGGUGCACAGAAACAAACGUCGCCUAUAUUCUUUACCAAGAGCAAGGAAAAUUCUCCAACUACUAGUGAUGGAACUGCGAGAUCUAAUACUACGAUUCCUACUCAGAACGGUGACCCUAAUAGUAAGGUUAUGAAUUUUGGCAGCCAUGCAACAAGUAAUAAAGGCACUAUCCCUAAUAUAGAGUAUCCAAUGCCACCUAAUAAUGAGUUUCAUAGCAUGAUGAUUCACCAUAGUCAUCACCACCAUCCACAACCAGCUGCUAUUCCACUGCCAAGUCUGAACAGCAUUUUCAAGAAUGUGCUAUAA